GACCAAUCCUAACACUGGAAAACAGAAAGUGAAACUAAGAAAUCGGCUUGAAAUGUCAUACCCGGACACAGUCGCAGUUUAGAAUUGCGCUGUGAAUUUAGAGAUGGGAGGCUUAUUUUCUCCUUUCUCCUCUGGCUCCGCUUCCUCGGUUAACCCCGCUUACUCGGAGGAGGGUGACGUUCAUCGUCUCACUAUCGAUGCAAGGUCCCUGGUAUUUCUUCGGAGGAAGUUGCGGGACUACAAACCUCCCAACGGGUGUGGGGACGGUAUAAACAUCUUACUCUUCGGCUUGGUGGGGGCUGGUAAAUCAGCCACCAUUAAUACAAUCCUCUCAGCUCUGGAUCCAGAAUGUGAAACGAUAACCAGUGUCCCAACUGGACUGAAUCCCAGCUCUCUCACAGCCCAGCUCAGAUCCUACAGGCUAUAUUUUGCUAAGUCACUACAGCUUUGGGACACAGCCGGUUGGAACACAGUGAAUGAUGCAGUUAAGGCAAAGAAAAUUUUAAAGAUGAUCCUGGAAGGAAGGGUGCCAGAAAAAACCAAUUUGCACGAUUUCAAUCCUGAUUUGGAUGAUAGCAAGUAUCAAGUCAUUCCAGAAAAUGUAAUUCAUGGAGUCGCAUUCAUUGUUGACCUGAGCACGAUAGACAACAUCAGUGGGGAUAUGAAGACACAGUUUAAGGACAUGCAAACCAUUGUGGCACAAAAAUAUAUUUACAGGACUGUGAUUGGGACCAAAUUUGACCAAUUAGGGAUACCAGAGAAAGACAAUAGUUACAUUUAUCAAUACAAGCCACUACAGGAGAAGUUUGCAAAGUUGUCAGAAGAUACUGGGAUGGAGAAGCGCAGCAUGUUUGCCAUUUCGAAUAAAUGGAAAGGCGAUACGAUAGAUCAGACCAGAUGUGUGCUCAUUUUGCACGCAUUGGAAAAUAUGGUCAGAAACAUAAAUGAAUACUUCAGAACAGCAGAAUAAUGAAUACACCUAAUCUUACAUAGAACUGUGUAACAAAUCCUGUUUCUCUAUCAUAGUGACCGACUUAGUUCACUUUAAAUGACACAACAUGAAAAUCCAUUAUCUUCUGAAUUGUUUUGUAGAAGUAGAAUGUUAGGUUAAGCGUGGUUGAAAUGUGAGGAUCAGUUGUAUUUACUCUCUAUGUAUGUUUCCAGCAGAUGUAGUCAUUGAGCCAAUCAGUACGAAGGAGGCUAUUCAGUGUAUUGUGCCUGUGCUAGCUCUUUGAAAGAAAUAUCCAAUUAGUUCCAUUACCACUUGCACCUGCAACUUUCUCCUUUUCAAGUACUUAUUCAAUUCCCUUUUGAAAGUUACUCCUGAAUCUGCUUCCAACACCCUUACAGGCAGCACACUCUAGAUCACAAUAACUCGGU